AUGGCGCCCGAAUCAUCGGUAAGGGAUUUUUACAGAGGCAAAAGCGUUCUGGUAACUGGUGGAACAGGUUUUAUGGGAAAAGUUCUCUUAGAAAAACUUUUAUACAGCAUACCAGACAUCGGCAAUGUGUACGUAUUAAUGAGGCCAAAAAAGGGGAAGUCCAUUAACCAAAGGCUCGAAGAGAUGCAACGUCUACCAUUAUUCGAUCGUCUGAAGAAUGAGAAACCUGAAAGUUUUGCGAAAAUAAUCCCACUUCAAGGAGAUGUUUUGUUUAAUAAUUUCGGAUUAUCGGAUAGAGAAAUAGAGAACAUAUCUAAAGAGGUGUCAGUACUAUUUCACUUCGCUGCCACCCUAAGAUUAGAAGCUCCUCUAAAAGAUAACGUGAACAUGAACACUUGUGGCACGCAAAGAGCGUUAAAUGUGGCUAAGAAAUUAAAGAAUUUAUUAAUCUUCAUACAUUUGUCGACUGCAUUUUGCUAUCCAGACUAUGCAGUUUUAGAAGAGAAGAUGCACGCGCCACCGGUGAAGCCAUCUGAAGUGAUGCAGCUCAUUGAAUGGUUGGAUGAUAAACAAAUUAAUUUACUCACGCCUUCACUCCUCGGACCACAUCCAAAUUGUUAUACGUUUUCUAAGAGAUUAGCCGAAAGCGUAGUGGAAAAUGAAUUCAAAAACCUACCUGUCGUCAUAGUCCGGCCUAGUAUAGUUUGUCCAGCUUACAUGGAACCGGUGUCAGGUUGGGUGGAUAGCCUGAACGGUCCAGUGGGGCUCAUGCUUGGGGCCGGCAAAGGUGUUAUACGCACUAUGUUAUGCGACGGGAAUUUAAUUGCACAAGUAAUACCUGUUGAUACUGCUAUCAAUGCGAUUAUAGCUAUUGGCAUGAUUGAAGGAUCGAAAACGGAAAAAUCAGAAACAAUUCCAAUAUAUAAUGUGAACGUCGGUCAUCAAAAACCGACCAGUUGGGGAGAUGUUUUGAAAGUGGCAAAAGAUUAUGGUCGGAAGUACCCCUUAGCGUGGCCAUUGUGGUAUCCCAACGGUGACAUUACCACCAACGUAGUACUACACGAGUUUAGAAGGAUUUUCUAUCAUUUAGUACCAGCGUACACUAUUGAUUUUAUUUUAUUUUUAUUGGGACAAAAACGUUUUAUGGUAAGAAUUCAAGACCGAAUUAGUCAAGGUUUGCAAGUGCUACAAUAUUUUACAAUGAGGCCGUGGAACUUCCCUUGUCCGAAGUUCGAUGGUAUUCAGAAUAAACUCAACGACGAGGAAAAAAUUAUUUUCAAUACGGACUUGACAAAAGCUGACCGGGACGAGUACAUGAAACGGAGCGUAGAAGGCGGCCGAUUAUACUGUCUUAAAGAAGAUCCGAGUAAAGUCCCCAUGAAUAGAACUUAUCAUAACUUCUUAUACGUCUUGGAUUGGGCGAUCAAGAUAUUCUUUUGGUUAUUUAUAUUUUCUUUAUUAGCAAAGUGGUUCAACCCAGUGAAAAACGUGUUCAGCUAUGGAGAGCCCGUUGUGAAGCUUCUACCAAUGCUUGGACCCGCGGUCUUUGAUGCA